GUUCUCAGCAACUGUUGUUUCUUAUGAUUUUGGGUUCGUUAUCUCUACGUGUUUUUGUAUUCUUCGCCAAAAUAAGUUUCAAAAGAUCUUCUUCAGAUGGAGAAACUUUUGGAUUUAUCUUGCGAAGACGAUUUGGAAAUGUGACUGGUUCAGUUUUGGCAGAAGCUAUCUUCACCUUUUUUGUUAUCUUCUCAUUUUUCAUGAUUUUUCUUUUGCUUUUAUCUUUGUUUUGAUGUUCUUCUUUUUUGUUAUUGAUAGUUUUGGGCUUAAAGUAUUUCAAUAUAUUAUA